AUGGGACUUGAAAGUGAUGCCAUCACUAUGAGUAUACCACCAAUAAUAGGCUCAAAAUUCGGCAGAUUUGACUCUAUAGAUACACCUGCUAUAUCUUCCAACUCCAGACCAACAAUAUCUCUAGUAGUGCCCCCGUAUUCCAAUGCGGGACACGAACCGUUCACGAAUAUAACAGAGAAAACUCACCAAGAUUUUAUACCAAUAACAAACGAACACAAUAGGCAAAUCCCCAGGCCAUCAGCCACCCGAACAAUAGAUGAUCAUACUCAGGAUUUUCCAGAUUUGGUGUCCGACAGUCUAUCACAGAAAUGCGCUGUAGUAGAUGUGCAUAACACAACUGCGCUUCGGUACGACACAAGUAUUACUGGUUUCAUCAUACAAACACCGGCUGAUAUAAAUCUCAUCUUUAACUAUGUGGAGCAUGGCAAUUAUGAUGCAAUUCAAAAAGUGUUAAAUUCUCAUUACAAAGAAGCUGUUCAAAUGAGAAAUGAUCGAAAUCAGACCUUGUUGCAUGCUGCAGUUAUAUAUUCAUUUCAAUAUGUAUCUCUUCGGUUAUUGUUGAUGCGUGGUGCAGAUCCCUGUGCACAGGACAAAGAUGGUUAUACUCCUGCACAUUAUGCUGUGGAAAGAGAUGAUGUUGAGAUGCUAAAAGCACUCAUCGUGAGACUUCAUGCUAAGGUCAAAGCAUUUUCAGAUCGCGAAGUAAGCAAAAUUCACGAACGAUGUCAAGAAGCAUUGAUAAUUAGAGAAAAUCGAGGUGGAAUGACACCAUUUAUGUUGGCUUGUUUCAAACAAGCAAUUAAUUGUGCGCGAUAUAUACACAACAUGGGAAUAGAUCAUGUGAUGAGACUGGACAAACAUGGAGAUACAUCAUUACAUUAUGCUGUAGCUCGAAGUGAUAUGGCCAUGACGAAGUUUUUGAUUGUCGAAUGUAAAGUUGAUGUGAAUGGUGGUGAUGAGAAACGUCCUAGUCCAUUGGAUAUUAGCAUAUUCAAUGAGUGUUCAGAAAUAAAAGAGCUUUUAAUAGACAAUAAUGCUAAAUCACGUUGUCUACUAAAACGUAUUGUUCAGAAACGUAAAGAUAUCCAAAACGAUAUUGGUGUCAGACUUGAAGGAUUAACACUUGCUAAUGCACCUCCUAUUAGUACGCCUACUCUAACAAGCAUGUCGUCUUUAUCGUUAGAAAACGAUAAUCCGGCACCGAAAAAGGUAAAGUCAGCUUGA